UACUUAAGCGUAGCCUAUUAUCUAGCAAGUAAUGUCUCUGGACAAGCUGUAUACAUUGGCUUACUUUUAAUUGUGUAAUCUAUUUCGCUAGAUUUAGUGCAAUAAUACAAAUAAUAAUAAAUAAAAACUAAAAACAGAAUCACAACAUGACUGAGCCUGUAUUACCGUACAGUACGUUUUUGUAGGACUCAGAAUCAAACGAAUAUACCGUUAGCGGCCACCAGAGGUCGUGGUUCUACAUUCCUUUAAAAGUUCAAGGGUGCAGGGAUAGAUAAGCAUCCGUGGUGAUAUUUGUAUAGGACAGAAAGAUGAGUCUCGGCUUAGUGCAGCACCGAAAUUGAUUGAGGAAUAUCUCAUUAUGAACUUGAUUAUUAAUGAAGGAGUGUCUGUGUUUAUGGUGGUACUGUUGGUGGGAGUCAACGUCGCCCUGUUCACAGUCACGUUCCUCUAUUACAGUAGCCAGGAGGCUUUUUCCUACACCCGUGUCAUGCUGGGGUCGGGUCUGGCUUUUGCCCGAGCCUCUGCGACGUGUGUGAACCUGAACUGCAUGGUCAUAUUGCUGCCAGUGAGCCGCAACCUCGUCUCCCUCUUGCGAGGCUCCUGCACUUGCAGAUGCAGAGUGUUAAGAAAGCAGCUGGACAAAAACAUCACUUUUCACCGUGUGGUGGGCUACCUGCUGGUGUUUCACUCCGUUGUCCACGUUAUUGCCCAUCUCUCCAACAUUGAGAGGUACCACGAGAGUCAGUCUACGGAAGCAGGAGAGCUGUUGCUGAAACUCUCCAGCCUGGGAGACAGGUUAAAUGAGAGCUUUUUGAACCCCAUCCGCACCUAUAACACUACGCCUACAAAGGAGGUGCUGGUUAACGUGUCUGGGCUCUCCGGAUUGGUCAUCACACUGGUCCUGGCUCUGAUGGUCACUUCAUCUACCGAGUUUAUCAGGCGCUCCUCUUACGAGGUGUUCUGGUUCACCCAUCACUUCUUUGUGGUCUUCCUGGUUGGGUUGGUCAUUCACGGCAUUGGGGGCAUUGUCCGGGGACAGACUGCCGAGAGCCUGCUAAUGCACAACGUCUCCUACUGUCGAGAGCACUUAGAUGAGUGGGGGGAUGUGGACCAGUGCCCCCUACCACACUUCCGGGGAAGUGACCCAGCGUCGUGGAAAUGGAUAAUCGCUCCCUCCCUCCUUUACAUCUGUGAGAGAAUCCUGCGUUUCACUCGCUCUUUACAACCAGUGGCCAUUACUAAAGUGGUGACUCACCCAUCGAACGUGGUGGAGCUGCAGAUGACGAAGACGGGCUUCCGCAUGGAGCCAGGCCAGUACGUGUACCUGCAGUGUCCUGCCAUCGCCCCUCUGGAGUGGCACCCCUUCACCCUGACGUCUGCCCCCGAGGAGGACCACUUCAGCGUGCACGUGCGCGUGGCGGGGGACUGGACGGCUGCCCUGUAUGCGGGGCUUGGGUCAUCUGCCAAUCAGUUUAAUCUUUUCUGAGUACUGUGUCUCUCCCCCAGCCUGGCGGUGGACGGCCCGUUCGGCUCGGCCAGCCGUGACGUGUUCCGGUAUGAGGUCAGUGUGUGCAUCGCGGCGGGUAUUGGAGUCACCCCAUUCGCCUCUGUCCUCAAAUCACUCCAGUACAAGUCCUCAAAUCCCAGGAAAGCCAUGAAACUCCAGAAGCUCUACUUCUUCUGGAUCUGUCGUGACACCACCGCCUUCGAGUGGUUCCGGGACCUCCUGCUCUCCCUGGAGGGUGACACCACGGGUACGGGGCGCCUCGUCAGCUUCCACAUCUACCUCACCAGCUGGGACGAUGCUCAGGCACGCCACAUCACCCUGCACCGUGACUCCCAGAGGGACGUGGUCACCGGCUUCAGGGAGAAGACGUUCUUCGGCAGGCCCAACUGGGACCAGGAGUUUCGGAGCAUUGCAGACUCACACCCUGGCAGCAACAUCGGUGUGUUCCUGUGUGGACCCAAAGCCAUUUCCAAGGUCAUCCGCAAAAUGUGCAGCACUCACUCAACUUCAACACUGCGGGGAGUGCACUUCCACUUCAACAAGGAGAGAUUUUGACACACUGAUGAGGAUGAGCUCGUUUUUCAUGAGUCAAGCCGCAAACCACGCAGAUUUUGCACCCAGGAAAAUAAAUGCCGUAGUAGUUAAAAUAUGGCGGUGUUUAAGUGUGCCCAAAGUGCAUAUAUGUUUGUCUUUGACACAUCCUCAUUUGAAUAUUGAUUUGUCUGGAUCUGAAGGGGAAGAAUGUAAUUUAUUCAUGGUAAGCAUAGAUUAAAAAUAUUUCAUGAAAACAGGGACAUGGUUAAUGUUACGUAAAGGUGAAUGCCUCCAUAAAAUUCUGUUUAGCUUGCAUGAAAAAUGGAAAUUGUAUGUAUAAUAUACACUCACUCAAACCA